AUGUCUGCAACAAUGGAGCCUACCCUUUCGUCCAAACUCAAGGCGUUCUUCCCUUCGUCGUCAACCCCGCAAGGGACGACUAGUCUUUCGAUUGACCAGAACUACCUUAUCGGGCUCCGUGGCCUACUCGUGUUCCAAUCUUUCCUCUUUAUCUUCUUCCAGACAUUCCUCCCAGCCGCCCUCCCCGACUCGAAGAACAUUGAGGGCCCGACAUACCAGGUCGUACUUCGCAAGUCUUUUUCAGUACUCUUCGCCAACGAGGCUCUGAUCUAUUCAUGGAUUAUCUUCCUCUCUGCGCGAACUAUCUGCUUGCCAUAUCUCGCCAACAAGACUCGCGAAGUCGGUGCUUCCAGUAUCUUUCGUCGCGGUAUCAGGUUAUGGAUUCCCACUUUCAUUGCAUACUCUUUCGCGGCGGCAGCCUUUAGUACAAGCUCAACCGACUACAUCUCCGAAUUCUUGGCUUCCACUGGCAACAUCUCCACCAUCGCACCAAUGCGCCUUCGUAACUUCCUGCUCUACUUCAACUCCCUGUUUGAGAUUUUCUGGGUCAACAAGCGCUACGCUAGUCAAGCUGCCAACGAUGUAUUUCCAUCAGGAACCCUUUGGAUAGUGUCUGUGCUCUUCCAGCAAAGUUACACUGUCUACAUUACCAUGAUUAUUGUCCCGAACACCCGCACUUCAUGGCGCGUCAAGGCCAUGUUGGCCUUCAUCGUAGCGGCAUUCUGGGUGCAGAGUUGGGCCUGGUACAGUGUCACUGGUCUUAUCAUCGCUGAUGCGGUUCUCAACAUGGACUUUCAGUUCCGAUCCCUGAAGGGAUUCAAGAUCGGCAACUUCGGCAUACCGGUCUGGCCACUGUACGCCAUCAUGGUCGUAACCGGUUUUAUACUGCAAUUCGCCUUUAUCUCCGGGAAGCCUAGCAUGCGCGACAACGAACUAUACGGCCACACCGCGCUAUACGACGAUGGAUUCCUAAACGAGAACGCUGACCUGGAUCAGCCAAUGCCGAGGGUCGACAACUACCUCAUCAUCCUUGGAUCGAUGCUCCUCAUCGAGACGUUCGAGUGGCCUCGAUCCGUGCUUCGCGGCGGUUUCUUUGUUUCGCUAGGCAAGAGGAGUUUCAGCUGGUUCCUCGUCCAAUCCAUAAUCAUAUACACCGCCGGUAUCAAGCUAUACACACACAUGGUCACCGCCGGCAUGAACAACGCUGCGAGCACUACAAUGGAAGAACCUAAAGAAUUUGGCACUGAACGUAUCGAGAAGGCCAUUGUGCCUGACGAAAUGAUCGAUGUCGCCCUAGACAGGCGUGUAAAUCGUAAAUUCGACACCCAUAUCUUACCUUGGUUAUUCGGAAUUUGGCUCUUCUCAUUCAUAGACCGCAGCAAUAUCGGUAACGCCCGUAUAGCAGGCCUGUCAGACGAGUUAUCCAUCACAACCGGCACUCGGUUCAACAUUGCGCUUCUAGUCUUCUACAUCCCGUAUAUCCUCGUCGAUGUACCUUCGAACCUUCUUGUCAAGCGCCUACGUGCCGGCAUAUACUUACCAGCUCUUAUAACUGCAUGGGGUUUAGUGUGCACAUUCAUGGGCUUCGUCCAGUCUUUCGCCGGGCUGGUCGCAUGUAGGCUGUUGCUAGGACUAUGUGAGGGUGGUAUCCUUGGUGGCGUGAUAAUCUAUCUUGCCAUGUUCUAUAGGAGAGGAGAGAUGUUGUUGAGAAGCGGGAUGUUCUACUGCGCUGCGCCUCUAUCUGGGGCUUUUGGUGGACUGUUAGCUUCAGGAUUGGCUACCAUUGAAGUUGGACAGUACCGGAGGUGGCCCUGGAUUUUCUUUGUCGAGGGCGCAAUAACCGUUGUCUUCGGCAUCAUCUGCUUCUUCUUCAUGCCCGACACGCCUGCAGCAGCAGGUUUCUUAAGCGACGAAGAGAAAGAAUGGGCAUUACGACGCAUGAGACUUGACGCGGGAGGGUCUACUGAAGUCGAUGUGGAAGAUGAGAAGUUUAGCUGGUAUUGGGUAAGGAUGGCACUGAAAGCCCCGCAGACCUAUCUUUCUGCUUUCAUCUGGUUCUUCUUAUUGGUACCGCUAUACAGUUUUUCAUUGUUCCUACCUAGCAUCAUCGCAGGAAUGGGCUAUCGAAGCACUACUGCGCAGCUUUUCACGGUGCCCCCCAACAUGGCUGCCUUCAUCACCGUCAUUGGCACGGCGUAUGCCUCGGACAAACUGAAGAACCGGGGCUACUUUAUCAUCGGAGGAUGCAUUUUGGGAAUAUGCGGUUACGUGAUGCUGAUAGUAGCGACGACCAAUGCCGUACGAUAUGCCGGCACGUUCCUAGUUGCCAUCGGUGUCUUUCAAGGCUCACCCAUGCUCAUGGGAUGGGCGUCCAAUAACCUUGCGCCUCACUAUGUCCGAGCAGUCGGAAUCGGUAUGGUGAUUUCCAUUGCUAAUUGUUCGGCCUUUAUCGGUACAUUCAUCUACCUCCAACGCGAUGCGCCG